GUUUUCGUAAGGCCUUCUAGGAGUUGUAGUCCGAGGCUGCCGGGCGUUCUGAGGCUUUCGCUGCCUUCGGAGUUUGCUGGGACCAUGGAUCCCGGGCCCGACGGGGCGCCGCUGGCCGGACUUGUCUGGUCCUCGGCGUCCGCGCCGUCACCGCGGGGGUUCACCGCGAUCUCCCACACCGUGGAGGGCGCGCCCGCCUGCUUCGGACGCGGCUUCGCGCAGAAAGCUGGCUACUUCCUGUGCCUGAGCACGCUGGGCGGCCUGGAGAACCCACAGGAGCCCGUUGUGGUGGACAUUCAGGUUGUGAUGGACAAGGGUGCCCUCCCACCCAGCUUCACUGUGGUCAGUGACCCUCUGGAUGCCAAGGCCUCUGUAUCCAAGAAGAAACGCAUGUGUGUGAAGCUGAUGCCCCUGGGUGCAGCUGACAUGGCCGUGUUUGACCUGAAGCUCAGUGGAAAAACCAAGACCGUUCCCGGAUACCUUCGAGUUGGGGACAUGGGUGGUUUCGCCAUCUGGUACAAGAAAGCGAAGGCCCCAAGGCCAGUGCCCAAGCCCCGCACUCUCAGUCAGGACAUGCGUGGCCUCUCAUUGGACCCGCCCAGCAAGAACAGCCUCCCUGAGCGGACCCUGUCCAGGCUUGGCUCCCGGGCAUCCACCCUGCGGAGGAAUGAUUCCAUCUACGAGGCAUCCAGUCUGUAUGGCAUCUCAGCCAUGGAUGGGGUCCCCUUCACACUACAUCCCCGAUUUGAGGGCAAGAGCUGUGGACCUCUGGCCUUUUCUGCCUUUGGGGACCUGACCAUCAAGUCGCUGGCAGACAUUGAGAAGGAGUAUAGCUAUGGCUUUGUGGUGGAAAAGACGGCGGCUGCACGCCUGCCCCCCAGUGUCUCGUAGGAAGAACCACUUUGAUGGCUGCCUCCUAGCCAGGCUGCUUGGUGACAGGGUCUCCCGCCCAGCCCUGCAGGGGUGGCCUCUGUGGAUGGGGCCAGUGCCUUCUCCGUUUGUGUCAAACCUCUGGUGCCUGGAUACUGCAGGAAUAAACACUGCUUUGUCCCCUGG